CUCGCGCCGGGUUGAAAUGGUCUCGCGCAGACAACUGUGGAAUUUACUGAGGUAGAAGAAAACAUUAGCGUGCGGCUAACAGUGAAAGAGUACAGUGUUAAAUCCUUUCAACGGAAGACACCGACUGAACUAUGACACAUAUUAAGGGGUAAGUUAAGUGAGGUGGAUCAUAAUCUUCCUAGGAUGGACAGCUAUUUUAAAGCUGCUGUCUGUGACCUGGACAAGCUUUUGGACGACUUUGAACUCAAUGCAGAUGAGCUUGAAAACAAAUCCGGCACAUUUGCAAGCCCUUCCUGCUCGGAUUCCUCUGUCUCCACCAGCCUUCAUUGCUUAAUACCAGAGCAACACGCUGUCUCUCAAACUGUCCCUGAUGUCAGUAGUCUGCACUAUGGAAUUACAUCACAGAAUAUUUCCUUAAACCAAAAAGAUUCAUAUUCAAAUGAGAGACCUCUCACAGGUGUAGACCUCCUGUCCUCUGUUGACAGCAGAGGCAUCAAAAGUUCAGCACCUCCUUGUCCGGAUAGACUAUUAAAGCCUGUGUGUGACCUGGUUAAUGAUACAGGGUCUGCUAACCUCGAGCAGACCGAUGGUGAAGAUUUCAAAGAACAGGAAGUUACAGAGACACACAUUAAUGAGGUGCUGCUAGUGGACUUCAGCAGUCCAGUUGUUUCUUGUCCAGAAGACAUUUCAAACCCCAACCAUGGUGAAUUACAGAAACGUGACUCUGAAACGGCUUGUAACUCCCUCAGCUUGCUGGAUGUCAUAUUGCCUGCGGCUCCAGACAAGAUUUCUGAUCUUCGCGAUUCAUGUCCCAUAAUGCCUUUAGAUAGCAAACAGUCAGACUGUCCUGAAGAGUCAAACUCUAAUGAUCAGAUUUGCCCUCCAUGCAAUUCCAAGUAUGAGGAAGUGUUCAGUAAUUCAGGUUCUUCUGCUUCAGAGGAGCAAAUUUUAGCAGCCAAUGAUGAGCGGACCGUCUCAUUCCAGCCUGAUAGUCGACCUUCUGAAGACAGCAGUGUCGAAAAUUCAGAGCAUGCACCAAUAAGUCCCUCUUCUGAGCAGGAACCUAGUUUGUCCUGCUUGCCCAUGGCUGUUUCGAUGUGUGGAUCUCUCAUGGCAUCGUUAGACCCUCAGGAGACAACGGUGCUUGCAACCAAAGAUGAAGCUGAACCAGCCGUUCAGGAGGAUGAAGAGUUAAAUCUACCGUUAGAAAAGCCGGUCAAUCUGCUCUCCUCCUUCAGACCUGAUUCUUCACCUGAAGAUGAACCUGAGCUAGUCCAGAUCAUGUCUAACCCAGAAGGAGCAUCUGCUGUCUCGGGUCAUUACCCUGAGAGAAAUUUUAAGCGCACGAUAUCGCCAACAGAUAGACUUAAACGUAGAGAUUCUUCUCCUUAUGGAGAGAGCCCAAAUUAUUCUUAUGAUAUUGCUAAUGAUUAUCUUCCUGAAAGCGACCAGGCCACAAUGAUGGUUACGGAUGAGGAGCUUGAUGCGUUUUUGAUGGGUCAGUGCGUUAAAAUCAACCCUGACGCGGAAAAUCUCGUAGAUGAUGGUUUUUCAGAAUUUAACGGAAAUGUGGAAGGUGACGCCUUUUUAGACGGGGAAUUGCAAAGCUACAAAGUAGAUUCCUUCGCAUCGCCUGAGAGCGAUGGAUCGCUUCAAUAUUUGGAAGAGAGUGAAGGUUCAAAUAUUUCUUCUUCUUCUCAGGACAGUAGCCCAGUAAGAGACUCCACACCAGCGGUUAAUCACGAUAACAUAACCAGCCCUGUUGAGAUUCAGUCGGUUUGUUGUCCAAGCCCAGAGUUGAAUUAUGGAGGAGCAAGACCAAAGCAAUUGUCCAACCAAACCGCACGGCCCCCAUCAGCAAGACACAAAACCAUCCAUCCCGAAGCAGACGUGACCGACCCGCAGGUUUCACAAUCUCACAGCCCGGAUGCAAGUAACUGUGAAGAGCCCUCUUAUCAGCAAUACGAUGACAGUUAUGGUCACGAUGAGCUCUCGGAGCCUCCGCCUUACCCAGGAGAACCACUGGAAGAUGGGGAAGCAUCUCUGGAUCAACCGAGGAAAACAGAUGAAGGUCUUGGUUCGAAGCAGCCGCCUUGGGUGCCUGAUUCUGAAGCUCCUAACUGCAUGAAUUGUAUGCAAAAGUUCACCUUUACCAAGAGGAGACAUCAUUGCCGGGCAUGUGGGAAGGUGUACUGCGCAGGCUGCUGCAACCGUAAAUGCAGACUGAAGUAUCUGGAGAAGGAGGCCAGGGUUUGCGUCAUCUGUCAUGUUACCAUACAGAAAGCUCAAGCCCAUGAGAGAAUGAUGAGCCCGACUGGGUCCAGUCCCAAUCCCAACAUCCCAUCAGAGUACUGCUCCACCAUACCGCCCAUGCAGCAGGCCCGAGCCGCUGGCACCCUCAACUCGCCUCCCCCCACCGUCAUGGUUCCCGUGUCCGUCCUCAAACACCCCGGUAAUGACGGUUUUCCACGCGAGCAGAAGCAUGUGUGGUUUGCUGAUGGCAUCCUGCCAAACGGCGAGGUAGCAGACACCACGAAGCUCUCGGUGCAGACCAGGAGAACCUCGCAGGAGUCCAGCCCUGUGACUCCAGAACCGCCUGGACCUGACGGUAAAGUUCCUGACGGGUGCGACGAGAGUUCAGAGGAAAGAUCUGAGGAAAGAUCAGCUGUGGAGAGCCGUCCGCUUAUCAGGGACCAAUGGGACUACACCCUGCUCUCCGGGUUGGGCGGCUGUGUACAGAAAGAGGUCAGUCUGGUGCCCGAGGAUGAGGAUGGUUUGCCUCCACUACUCAUUACUACAGGAGAGGAGGAUGAAGGAGAUUUAUUAGUUGAGGAACGACCUGCAGUUUGCCAAAUACUCUUGCUGUUGGAGGAGGGAGGUCCAAGACCUCUGACCUUUGUGCUCAACGCCAAUUUAGUCGUGAAUGUCAAGCUUGUAAUGUAUUGUGGGAGGAGAUGCUGGUGUAUCAGUUCGAAUGGUCUUCAGGGAGUCGGUCAAAAGGAGCUGCUGUUUAUAAUCGAGUGUCUCUCAGAGGAGAACAGUCUGCCUAGAGACAUAUUCAACCUGUAUGUUAGUAUAUACCAGGAUGCACAGAAAGGAAAAUUCAUCAAGCAUCUCGGUAACGUGACGUUCACAGACAGUUUUCUGGGCAGUAAAGAUCACGCCGGCGUGCUGUUUUUCUCGCACACCUUUCAGCCGUUGGAUGGUCUGGAUCUUCCCCCGGAGGCUUCUUUCCUCUGUGGGAUUUUGAUACAGAAGCUGGAGGUGCCCUGGGCUAAAGUUUUCCCUCUCCGACUGCUGCUCACGCUGGGGGCGCGAUACAACGUGUAUCCCUGCCCGCUGGUGAGCGUGCGUUUCCGUGACUCGGUGUUUAAAGAGACCGGACACACCAUUAUGAACCUUCUCGCGGACCUGAGGAAUUACCAGUACAGUUUACCAUUGGUGGACAGCUUGAGGGUGCACAUGGAGACGGGCAACAGCUUCAUCGACAUCCCCAAAUCCCGGUUUAAUGAGAUGCUGAAGGUGGUGAACUCCUCCAAUGAACACGUGGUCAGCUUUGGUGCCUGUUUCAGCACCGAGGCCGAUUCUCAUCUGGUUUGCCUGCAGAAUGAAGACGGAAGCUACCAGACACAAGCCAACAGCGUCCCAGGAAAAACCAGGAGAGUGACCGGAGCUAGUUUUGUGGUCUUCAACGGGGCUCUAAAAGCCUCAUCGGGAUUCAUUGCCAAAUCCAGCAUUGUAGAAGAUGGUUUAAUGGUGCAGAUUCCUCCUGAGACUAUGGAGAGUUUGCGACAGGCCCUCAGGGACCAAGCUGAUUUUCAGAUCCCCUGUGGAAAAGCAGACUCCGAGGAGACGCGAGAAAAUGUUACUGUGCGCUGGGUUGACUGGACCGCACCCAUCAACACUGGGGUCACUAGUCCUAUAGAUGGCAGAUCUCUGGAUGGUGUGUCCAGCGUCAGGGUUCGACAGGAUUCAGAGUUUGAGCUGGACGGCCGGAGCAUCAGGUGUACUGAGGUCUUUUAUUUGCUGAAGUCCUCAGAUGUAUCGCUGUCUGCCGUCCUCACGUCAUCGGCUCAGUUCCAGAAAGAGAUCGCCACGGCGGGCUGUGCGGCUCUCUGUCCGCAUCUCUCAGUGCUCAUGGCCAAUGGGAUCAACCGCCUCGCACUCAGAGUCUCCACCGACUCUGAUAUGGUGGAGUACCAGGCCGGAUCCGGGGGCCGUCUCCUGCCUCAGAAGUAUAUGAAUGAUUUAGACGGAGCUUUGAUUCCUGUUAUCCAUGGAGGAAGCUCCUGCGUCCCUCAUCAGACUUUGGACAUGGAGUUUUUCUUCUACAUCACUCUGAGCAUUUAAAAGCUGCUGACAUCUUUAAUCCAGUGUGGGACCUUUAGGAUGAACUUUACGUGUGGAGAGACGGGCCUUGAUAUUUGCGCUAUAGUGUUUGAUGGAUUUUCAAGGAAAUGAAAAAGCACUUUGGAGAAAUUCGAGAACCUGGUAUUUAAGGUUAAAACAAACAAGUCGUGAGGAUUUGGUGGAAAGAGGAUCGGGUCUCUGGUCAUGUCGGUCAUGUAGACCGUGUCUGUCAGGUAAAUGCUGGUCUGCUGGUUUUUGUAUGACUAUAAAGUCAGAUAUACUAAGAAUUAUAAUCGUUACGUGAUUGCGCACACAGCAAACAGGAGCAUGUGAUGCGUUGCAUUUAACAAACUAUACAUAGUCCGUCUUUCCUGAGCAAGAAUCUUCAAUCUGCGGUAUGUUUUUUCCAUCUGUCAUAAUUCAGCAUUACCGUACGAUGAGCUGACAAGUUCAUAUGAGGACUCUUUGUACUUUCUAAGUACCAAAACAUCAAUUCUCUCUUACUGUAUAAAAUACAUAGAGGAUAAGAAACACAGUUUGUUUAAAUCGUAUAGAUGAGAUCAUCUGCUAAGUCCAUUAAGCUUUUAUUAAGCUUAAAUUCUAUUUUUGGAACAGAUUCAUGUGUUGACUAAAGCUGAUAUUUUUGAUAGGGCAUUGAAAUUACUUUUUGCAAAUGGUCAGCCCAAAAAUAUUGAUUUGAAUCUGGAGCAGAAUCAAGCUCGUAGCUCGGUAUCAUAAUCCCAACAUUGUUCGAGUUUUACUUUAAAACUGCAUCAAAAUACGAGAAGUACAAAAAAAAGGAAGAACGCCUCUACAUAGACACAUGCUUUAACAUUUAUUUCCUUUUUUCACACUACUCCGUUAAAGAAAGACAACGUUGUUUGUUGAGCAUGGACGUACUGAUAAACAGACCUGUCUAUUAACACUACACAUUUUUUGAUGGUGCAAAAAAUUUAACGAUGUUCAGCGCGAACAAGUUGGCAUGUAAAAUCAUAUUGGGAAACAACAAUUCCAGUAAUCCAGGAUCAUAAGGAAACAUCUUUCUUUUAAAACAUGCUGGAUGAUGUUCCUGAUCUUAAGUAGCAGUUUUAUAAAUGCAAUAAAACUUUUUUCUCAUGAAUUACUGGACUGAGGUCCUGCAAAUAGCUUAAACUUGAACCUGCAACUAUAAAACAAAGCUGCAAAAGAUCUGAAUGAUGAUGUUUGUUGGCAGGUUUCUGAAGUUAAUUUUAAGUAUUCCAUCUUAAUUUUCAAGAUUUAAAUCUUUAAUGUAGAAAAUGCACUUUUCUGUAGGCGGUGAAAUGAAAGACAGGACGAGUGAUUGUUCUCUUUAUUUUAAUAUUUCUUCCCUAAGGAUGAUAUACUUUACGUUACAAACCGUGAUUAUUCAUUUUAUUUGAUUGACUCUGAAUGAUUCUGUCACAAACCAAAUACAAUUAUGUAAAAAUACAAAUUUUCUAGAAGAUCAUGAUUGUAAUUGUAAAAGAUGAAAUGUCUGUGGAAUGAGUUUGGAGGCGUUUAACAUCUGCUCCCAUACGUUUGGGCUUGGUGAAAUAUUUGGGAGGUUAAAUUAUUUUCUCACUGUUACUGAUUCAAAUCAUAACGAUUAUUUUGCUUUACAAAAAAGCUGUUAAGAUUACCAGUGUGCAUAAUGUAUAUCUAUUUAUUCAAGAAACCAGAUUUAUAUGAUGAAUUAUCUGGUGUGGGACCUGAGGAUGUUCUUCAAACAACAUUCAUUUCUAUGUAUCUCAUGUAGAAUAAAAUUUUGAUAAAUAUUUAAA